AUGAAGCAGAAAUCAUUCGAGCUUCUAUGCGCUUUUAUGCUCGGAUUUGGCCAACUUUGUGUCAUGGUCGGAUUUGAUGCGGAAUCCUUUAUUUUGGAAUCUGUAAUCCAUUCGAUUCACGAACGGGAGCCGGGAAUUAUCAGUCCGUAUGCUGGCUAUUAUGGGUUUGUUUGUUCGUUCGUUCGUUUCUCACUUUCUUUUUCAGCCAAGCCGUCAUCUACGCCGCCUACAUGACCACAUGCCUGUUCGCGCCGUCAAUUUUGAACAUAAGCACUUCGAAAACGGUUUUGGUGAUUGCGGCCGUCUGUUUUACCGGGUUUCCGCUCGGAUUCCUCUUCACCAACUCGUAUUACUACUUUUUCUCGGCCGCAUUGCUCGGAGUUGGCACGGCGUGUGAGUUUUUCGGCGGGAAAUCCACGGGAAAGGGGCGUGGGGCCUAGCGCGUGCACGAUUUAUCACCAUUUUGGCGCGAAAUUCGAAAUUUAACCUCAUUUUUCACAUUUUACGUCAAAAAUUACAGAAAUUUUGUACGGGUUUCAACGAUGCGAUUGCAUAACCUUGUUAAACUAAUCAUCGCGCGCACUUUUUGAGUUUAAUCAUUCAGAGAAUGGCUCAAUUGAAUCGAUUUUCAAGUUUUGUGCUGAAAAUGCGCGAAUUUCAGUCAUUCGCCGAUACUUUUUGCCGUUUGAACGCUUAAAAUACUUGUAUUAUCGUGCUUCGUCUCAAAACAGAUCCAGAUCGGCCAGUAUGAAAAUUCCGAAAUGGCGGCGGCGAUUGGCCGCGGAGGGCGUAUUGCGAAAUGUGCGAAAAACGUCUCAAACGCGGCGUUUUCACGAAAAUUUCAAUGUUUUCUCUCUUUAAUGUCUCUUCUCUCGUCGAUAUCAAACACAAAAAUGGCGGAAAAGUGCUGAAAUUGCGGCAAUUUUCAGAAAACGCGUCUCAGAUUAAGCCACGCCCCUUUCCACACUUUUGGUCGCCGUGAAAUCUGAAAUUUGGAAUUUUUUUUUUGCAGUUUUCUACUUGGGUCAAGGCAGCUAUUUGACUUCUCAUUCUACCCGACAAACUAUCGAGUCGAACGUCUCAUUGUCGUGGUCGGUUGGAUGUUGUUGGUGAGUGUGCACGUGGCCUAGAAUCCGACACGUGUGACACUUUUUUUCCCCAGCAUGAUCAUCGGAUCGGCCAUUUUGGCAGGAAUUACAUCGUUGAGCGCAACUUCUUCGCAACCCACUUUUCCUGCACAAAAUUCCACAUCGGACCAUCAACAGGAACGACGUUUCAGCGAUAUGGAAAUGUGCGUUUUUCGAGAGAAAAAAAAUGGACAAUCAAAUGAAACUCGUUUCCAGAAAACUAAUAUUCGGAGCGUUUUCGGCAAUUUCCGCCGUCGCCAUUGUCACUUUUGCCCUGUUGCCCGCAAAAGACGUCGAUAGUUGCAUUGAGAGCUCCGAGAAACGUGGCACUUUUUGGACGGCUUUCAGUUAGCGCCCCCCGUCGCCCACUUCUUUCCAGAACUUUCCUAUUCAGAGCUGACAUGCUCUACAGUAGUCUCUCCGAAAAUGCUCCAACUGUUGCCGUUGACCGUGCUCGGCGGUUUCAACGUGUCCUUCUGGCUGGCCAUUUUUCCGACUGCCAUGAAUUUCACGAAACACAAUUCUCACAUGAUCUACAUUCCCGCCGUGUAUUCUCUGGGCGCCGGACUCGGAGAAGUUAUCAGUGAGUCGAUAAUAGACAUCUGCACACAAGUAGUUGUCUCCAGAAGCGUGUCUUAAAGGUGGUGUCCAACGUGACAUACAACAUAUUUUUAAAAUAAACUUCGAAGUGGGGCAUUCACUUUCCCGAAGUCCCGAAUUACAAAAAAAAUUCCCCGAUUUUUAAGAUUUUUUUCAAAAAAGUUAAUGGUACCGAGAGAAGUACACGGCGAAAUGGAAGAGCUGGCCUAGAUUUUUCUAGUCCCCGGAUGGAAUUCCCCUUUUUUUCGAUUUUUUUCUGUUUUCGUGCAAUUUUCUUAAAUUUUCAAUCGUUUUUUCACUGAGCACACAUAUUUGCAAUAUUUAAAAAAAUUUAUGAUUUUUUUCUGUGCCGUGACGCCAAAAAAAUCGAUAAUCGGAAACUUUCAAAAAUUCAGCAAAAAUUCAGAAAUUCAGCCACUUUUUUUGUAAAAACUCUAUUUAUUUUUUUCAGCGCGCAAACCGAAGAUUGAGCGAAAAAAACCCGGAAAAAAACAACAAAAAAAGUUUCAGAUUAUCGAUUUUUUUGGCGUCACGGCACAGAUAAAAUUAUAAAUUUUUUUAAAAAUAUUGCAAAUAAGUGUGUUCAGUGGAAAAACGAUUGAAAAUUUAAGAAAAUUGCAUGAAAACGGAAAAAAUUCGGAAGAAAAGGGAAUUCCAUCCGGGGACUUGAAAAAUCUAGGCCGGCUCUUCCAUUUCGCCGUGUACUUUUCUCGGUACCAUUAACUUUUUUGAAAAAAAUCUUAAAAAUCGGGGAAUUUUUUUCGUAAUUCGGGACUUUGGGAAAGUGAAUGCCCCACUUCGAAGUUUAUUUUAAAAAUAUGUUGUAUGUCACGUUGGACACCACCUUUAAAACGGUUUAGACUCGACAAUACAUGUGUCAGCCAACGUGUCGCGUUUUCAGUGGGAAUAGUGAUAUCGUCGUUGAGCAAACGCAUCAAAGGAUUCGGUCUGAAGCCGACGAUGCUCAUCGGAGCGUUUUCCACAAUUUCGUACUGUGCUCUCGUCCACGUUUCCACUCCGUUCGAAGCGCCGAUGCGGCCGACCAGUCAGCAACCGAUGCUCGUCUAUCAGUCGUGGGUUUUUCUGUAAAGAUCUGCUGAAACGUGCUCAAUUUCCCCCUCAAAAUAUGGACCCACCCAUUCUAGGAUUUGUCGUAAGAUCUGAUGCAUCAUUUCCAGGUACCCACUCAUCUUCGUGAUUGCGUUCAUUUGCGGCAUCAGUGAUUGCUGCAUAAAUGGAGUCCGAUCUGUGAUUUGUGCACUUGUGCAGCCGGCUCGACGAGCUCAAUCGUUUUCGGUGGCACGAAUGUAUCAUGCGGCCGCCUGUGUCAUUUGUUUCUUCUUCAGGUAUACUGUUUUAAGUCAAAUCUCUGCUGCUUCUGAACGUGCGUGUUUGCAGUCCGUUCACCCCUUUGUACGUCUACACAAUCGGCCUCUCCAUCCUGUCCGCCGUAGCCACUAUCAUCUUUUUCCGAGUGGCGGACAACACAAAAGUCAUGGAACGGAAACUGACACAAAUCAGUAUGGAGAAGAAGAGAAUCGAGGAGUUGGAGAGGGAGUUUCAUUGA